AUGCUUCCUCCGCCCAAUGCAGACCAGCCUUUUAUGUACGUAUCGGCGCUUGAGGGAGGACACCUUCGCAUCCCCUGCGAUUUGGUUGUAGACGACAACUCGCAGGGAGAGUUUGUGUCGUGUCCAUCUCUUGCCUUUGCGCUACGACACUCCGAGACCAAGUCAUGGGUUGUCUUCGACUUAGGUAUACGGCGCGACCUCGAAGGAUACACCCCUCUGUCCCAGGAGCGCAUCAAGGCCGUGGGGUUCGCCCCUUUUGUGAACCAGACAGUCGCGGAGUCACUGGUUAAGGGAGGUAUUUCCCCUGAUGAGGUUGAAACUGUCAUCAUUAGCCACUUACACUGGGAUCACAUCGGGGACCACGAGCCAUUCACCAGAGCUACAUUUGUUGUGGGAGAGGGAUGCAGGGAGCUCCUGGCUUCAGGAUAUCCCAUGAACCCGGACUCCUUCUUCUCUUCGACCGCUCUUCCGCAUGAGCGCACUAAAUUUCUUCCUCUAUCCGACUUCAGUCUCCCGAUCGGCCCAUUUCCGCUUGCAUUGGAUUUUUUCGGCGAUGGCAGCAUGUAUGUGAUUGACGCGCCAGGGCACGUCAGAGGACACAUAAACAUACUUGCGCGCACCAGCUCAGAUGGCGCAUGGAUUCUCCUUGGAGGAGAUUCUGCUCACGACUACAGAUUGAUUACGGGCGAGAAAGAUGUCGCACAUCGCAUUGAUUCGUCAGGUUGCGUCAGGUGCAUGCAUGAAGAUAAAGAUAAAGCUGUGGAGAAUAUCGCAAGGAUCCGGUCGCUGUUGGAAAUUCCGAGAGUGCAGGUGUUGAUUGCUCACGAUUCGAAGUGGUAUGAGGAGAACAAGGGGUCUGCCUUCUUGCCUGGUAACAUAUUGCCAUUGGCUGCAUGA